AUGUCUCUCGCUCUGCCGUCUCUGAAUCUUCUACUCUUACUCUCAUGGCCGUCGAAGCUAUCGCCGUUCCAGCUGUUUGCCCCAGUGUUGAUAACGCCGAGUGCUGUCUUGAAGACGAUCUUCUUGUUCACCAAAUCCGAUCUGAAGACCAUUCUUGUGCCCGUAACUGCAUUUGCGUUCCUCACAGCGCCUAAUCCAAGCAUCACACGUCUUCCGUGCACGAUGAUGUGGAUAUGGCUCAAUAUUCUUCAGUUCUGUGUCUCUAACCAGAGCAUCAACCCAGAGGAGGAUGCAUCGAACAAGCCGUGGCGACCCAUACCAUCUCAGCGCACAUCCGUUUGCUCCGCUCGGAUUCUACGGUGGAUACUCCUCCCGAUGUGCUUGACACUUUCCGUAUACCUAAACGUCCUCGGCGAAGGGCUCGCCCUUGCCAUUAUUUUUCUGGCUCAUAACGAGCAUAACCUCGGCUCGCAUUGGAUCCUGCGCAACGUAUGCAAUGCUAUUGGGUACGCUGCGUUCAACGCGGGUGCUACAUCCAUUGCUUGUCCUUCCCCGGAUCAUGUGAUUGACCGUCGCACAACAAUGUCUUUCGCCUGCAACGCGCUCAUUAUCUUCACCACUAUUUACGCUCAAGACUUUCGUGACGCCGAGGGUGACGAUGUCCUCGGUCGUCUAACCGUACCCCUCGUCUGGCCAGAACACAGUCGCAUCGCAAUCUUGGCGUCCGUGACCCUUUGGUCUGUUGGUUUGAGCAUAGCAUGCAACGUUAAUGUGGUUGUAGCGGUCGCGUUCUCGUUGUCGGGGUUCUCAGUAGGGUUGAGCUUUUAUCGCAAACGAUCGGCGGAGGAGGACAGGAGGACGUAUGUGUGGUAUAAUAUAUGGUUGGCGGUAGCGCAGGUUGUUCAUUGUCCUGCUGUCUUGAAGCUACUUUCUUGA